CUUUGACAUCUUUUGAAAUUUCCAAAUUAAUAGCCGAGACUGGGUAUCCUAAUAAGGCUGGAGAAAAAUUAAUACUUCCCGCUUUAAAAAUUGUCGUAAAUAAUUUAUGCGGAAUAAAGGAAAAAAGUUUGUUUUCAGCGAUCCCAUUAUCAAAUAAUACAGUUAAACGGAGAAUUGGUGAUUGCGCGAAACAUUUAGAAGAAGAACUAGUUGCUAAAGUAAAAUAAAAUAUAUUGACGAAGACACCAUACAAGAAAAUUUUUUGUUUUGUAAAAGGCGCCGACAAGAACGAUCUCAAAUAAUAUUUUUAAAGCGACAGAUAAUUUUGUCACUAAUCACGGUAUUGUUUGGAUGAAAUGUGUCUACUAAGUAGCAACGGAGCACGUGCAAUGGUAGGCUGUCAUAAAGGUUUGUUUAAACAAAUUCAAGAAUUAGCAGUUAAUUGUGUAUGGGUGCACUGUAGUAUCCAUAAAUAAGCUUUGGUGAUAAAACGCUUGCCUUUAAAUUCAAACAUGACUUUGGAAGAAUGUAUCAAAGUUUGUAAACUACAUAAAAUCUCGUCCAUUAAAUAGCAGACUUUUAAUCGAAUUAUGCGAGGAAAUGGGAAGUGAUCAUAAACACCUUUUUUUAUAUUGUAAUUCACGAUGGCUUUCAAAAAGAAACGUUUUAAAACGUCUGUUUGAGCUAAAAGAUGAAGUCUUGAUAUUUCUGAAUGGACAUCCACCAUCUAAAAAAGAUGCUAUUUUUCCAUUUAAGGAUAGAUUCCACGAUUUCAAAUGGUUAAUAAUAGUAGCUAAUUUUUGUGACAUAUUUGCUACAUUCAAUGAAUUGAUUAUAAAUUUGCAAGGCUUUGGUUUAAAUAUUUUCAAAGUAUCGGAAAAGGUCACUGCAAUAAUUAAAAAAAUGAUUCUGUGGGAACAACGACUUUCAAAAGGAAAUUUUAAAUAUUUUGAAACAUAUAAAUUUAUUGAAAACCAUUUAAACUGCGAUGAAGAAGUUUUACCACUUGAAACGCUAUCAGUUUCAAUUCAAGAACAUUUUUCGAUGCUAAUAAAUAGUUUUAAUGACUACUUUCCGGAUAUUACCUCAAAUAAUAUGUGGAUUAAAGAUCCUUUUUCUGUCAAAAUUGAAAAGGAAGAAAUGCUUAAUCUUAGUGAACAAGAAGUUGAUAAUUUAAUUGAAAUUUCAUGCGACAACAAUCUUAAAAAAGUGUUUGAAACUACACCACUAAUUAAUUUUUGGUUGCGCUGUCAAAAGGGGUCACAAUUCUUAAUGCCUUUUUUGUCCACUUAUACGUGUGAAGCUGCGUUCUCAACCUUAGUGUACUUAAAAAAUAAGUAUCGGAACAGAUUGGAUGUUGAACCGAAUUUGAGAAUAAAUUUAACAUCAUUUUAUCCUAAUUUAAAAUUAUUAUGUGAUGACAAACAACAUCAUCAUUCGCACUAAGGCCAAAAUGUGUAAAAUAAAGUUUAGUUCAUUUACUAAAGUUUUAU